CCAUGGCGAUAGCGUCGCCGGCACUAAAGCAGACAUGGAUUUUCAUGGGAGUAUUCUUUAAUGACAUAUCUCAAGGAAUGGUUAUAAGCUUUCCAUCAAUAAUGCAAACAGCAUUGCUCGCUUCAGAUUCUGAUGUUAAAGUUGAUUUGAAUACAGCAUCAUGGAUUGCAUCAGUAAUAGGAAUCGGUGCAAUGAUUGGGUUUGGCACAUCAUCGUUUCUAAUGGAAUUAUAUGGAAGAAAAUUAACUUAUAUUUUAUAUCUAAGCCUGGGCGUGAUAGGAUGGUUAUGUCUUUAUUUUGGAACGAAUGUGCCAGUACUCGUAAUUGGCAGAUUACUAGGAGGAGUAAGCUCAUCAUCAACAACAUCCGUUGGGUCAGUAGUUUUAGGUGAAUACACGAGCCCCAAACAUAGAGGAACAUUCCUGAAUUUAAAAGCUGCAACUUUGUGCUUGGGAAAUUUAGCUCUUCAUUUAAUCGGUCAAUUCCUAUACUGGAGAACAGUAACUUUGAUCGCUAUUGGAUCGGCUGCUGUAGCUUUAUUGAUAGUAUUAACUUGGCCGGAGAGUCCGUCCUGGUUUGCGUCCGUCAAAAGAUUCAAAGAUUGCGAGAAAACCUUUUAUUGGUUACGAGGGAGGAAUGCCGAUUCGGACCAAGAGCUAAAAGAAAUGGUCAUCGCUCAAAAGGAGAGAUUAGUUACCCCGUACAUGUUAGAAGGUAUAAGCGUGCACGGAACAUUUGCCUCCUUCGGGGGCGUCAUGUUUCUAGCACUGAUUGCAUUAUGGUUUGUCCUCCCAGAAACUAAAGAUAAAACAUUGCAGGAGAUUGAAAAUUACUUUAACCACGGGAAAUACAAUGUAGUAGAAUGUGACCACAUAAUGGCAGAAAGAUAG